AUGACAUAUAGUCUUCGACGUUCCGGAGAAAAGUUGAAGAGCGUGAUUAAAAUGGCUCGUUGGCUACGAAACCAAGGUGGUGGACAUACUAGUGAGGGAAAUGGCUCCGGCCGGUGUCAUCUUUUGGAGCUGCCCAUAGAGCUGCUGCUGGAGAUCAUCUCACAUUUGACUGAGGUCCCAGAGGCAUCUCUAGCGCUCACCUGCAAGAGUCUCUUUUUUAUUUCGGGGGCAGUCUUCGAGAAUGAAUCACUUCAUUUCAGUCGAGACUUCGCACCUCUCUUUCACCAUUACCGGAACGGACACAACUUCCUUACCCCCCGAUGGCAAUUUAUCAGCACGCUGGAGGAUCACAAAUGGCAAUCAUGUUCUGGGUGUCUGAAGCUUCACCCCAGGAGUGCAUUCACAUCGCGAGAACUGAAACGGAAACCGGAAGACCGCGUCUGUAAUCUGGGCGAGCUGGCUGGUGUAGUCGACUUGUGUCCAUGCAGAAAGUUGACCUUCCAGGAUAAGAUGGACCUCAUUGAGCUUUUAAAAUUACGACAGCAAUCUAUAGGUCUCCUGAACGCACAGUUCGGAAACGGCGUCAAAGAACGUUUCUGUUGGCAUUCCUGCACGCAGGAUUAUGGAUCGACAGUAUUGAAUAUCAGCAUUUACCCUGAGUUAGAUCAAGAAGAUAAACUUCAAAUACGAACCGAGUACCGCCUUUCAAUCGAGGCAGGUCAACUGGGGAAAGAGGAGAACAUGACACCAAGAUUUGGGUGUGCGCACCGGUCUGUCGACCUAUGGCUUGCCAGUUCUUGUCAAACCUCCGUCUGUCGACUUCCUAGGGAGAUUUGCUCUUCCUGCAAGAGAAUAUCCAUCUGCAAUUCCUGCAACGCAGUGCUGAAAUGUCCGCACAAACAUCCAAAGCAUUCUGGUGGUUCAGACCGAGCGAACUACUUCUUCUGGAUCCAGCGAUGUCUCGGUGGCACUUCCCCGGUCCCUGAUUCCGAGUGGGCAAAUCAGAGAAUUCACCCUGCCGCGCCAUCAGUUAAUAUUGACACUUGCAGCGAAAUGUGUCCCUGGACGGUCCGCGAGCACCCCCCUCCCGAGGGACCACCGUCUCUAGGAAUGGACAUAAUUGACUCCGCGGUGAAUGAUCAAUCAAUCGAUGAGUAUAAUCUAUGUUCCGGGGCGAUGAGCUAUCCACCGCCGCAUAACGGUCACUAUCCUCCGCAAUACCUACAACAACAACCUCCACGCCAACAUCCUCAACAGCCCAUUCAGCCGCCGCAGUUUCUAUACAAUAACAUCAAUCCUCUGCAGUCGCCGCAAUCGCCAUACCAAUAUGGCAAGCCAGUCGUUUAUCCACAGGUGAUCCCGAAUUUCAAUAAUUAUGCGCAGGCUUUCAAUAGUCAGCAACACGUACAACAACCUCAACCAGUACCGCCGCCCCAACCGCAAUAUGUGAACCCGGUAGAUCUAUUCCAACAACCAUCCGUUGGUCCAGCCAUACCAUCCCAAUUCAAUACCUUUGGUACUUCCCAAUACACCGGACAGCCUGCCGCGUCUGUCGCAAACAACAACCCCGACCGCUCGCCCGCAUUACCCACUGUGUCUGGCUCGACGCAGCCAACGUUCUAUCCUCCUCCUAGUGCUAGCCCGGGCAGCAACAACGCAUACAAUCAAUAUCCACAGGUCGCUCCGAAACCGCAAGCGACCCCGUUACAAACAAAACCCGCUCCCUCACCGAUUCCCGCUUCUACUCCCGUCCCUGCUCCAGUCGCCAGUCCUAACCCCGUUCCUACAACUGCUUCUGCCACCAUGCCUUCAGUUCCUUCUUCUACGCCGACCAUUGUGUUGAUUCCCGCUCCUUCGCCAGAGGUCCAACAGAAAUUGUUGAAACAGCAAGCAGCCAGGAAACAAGGACAGGCACAACGGCAAGGCAGUCAGCAGGCUGCGCGCAAGCAAGGGAAGCCUUCGGUGGAUUAUCAGGUACUGCUGUUGUCAUUGGCGGACGAAUAUCUCAAUGCUGCUCAUAACCACGGAACUACUGUUGCCUCGUUGAGAAGGGAUGACGACGUGGAGGAAUACUACAAACUCCUUGCUACGGGGCUUGGGUGUCUGGAGGCUGUUUUGAAGAACUGGAGACUCCAACCACGUAUGGAGGCACUUGUGCGGUUACGAUAUGCACGCGUCUUGUUCGAGGAAACAGAUAAUGACCUUGAAGCGGAAACCGCAUUGAGUAAAGGGAACCGCAUGUUGGACCUCAAGUACAGUAUGCAGCAUCUUCUAGCGCGGAUGCUCCACAAGACCAAUCCGAGAGCUUCGCUGAAGGCUGUCGAUGGUAUGAUUCAGGAUGUGGAAGCGUAUCGCCAUUCGGCCUGGGAGUAUGCUUUUCGCUUCCUUCGAGUCUCGCUUUCUUUAUCUCUGUCAUCACCAACCCAUCAAGACUCGGUUUCAGCGCUGCACCAUCUCCACAAGAUCUCCCAGAUGGCCAAUCGCAACGGCGACAAAGCUGUAUCAGCUAUGGCUGCUGUGGUCGAGGCACUUGCGCAUCUGCAGUUAGGUUCGAAUUUCGAUUCUAUUGAGCAAGCCCAGCGCGCAGUGGCUACGGCACGAAGUCAUCAGCUCAAUGAUGACCUUCGGCACAUACCUCAACUAAUCACUCUCGUCCAGAUGGUUGACAUCUGCUGCAGUCUUCUGGAGUACGAUGUCAACCAAUCAGCUCAAAAAUUACGAGUGUUGCAAGAAAUAAUGGAUGAGAGGUUGAACUAUCCUAACUGGCGCGUUGACGGAUCAUUUUCCGUUCCAUUGAACGGCAAAUCUGCAGGCCCUUCAUCAAUUGACACCGGUGAUAUUCUGCAAGUCCAGAAUGGCACGUUGCUUCUGAGUUUCAGCUGGUUGCCUCAGCAUGAUCUUUACGCGCUGUGCUAUUUCCUCAGUUCGGUCACGCUCAGUGCUAAGAACUCGCAUGACGGUCGUAAAGCUGAAAAGUUCCUUCAAGAAGGACGGCGCAGCUUCGAGACACCGGAAAAUGUCGCAGAAUCGAUGGUGAACGCAAACAAACGCAUCGAAUGGCGCAGGACGCUAUGCUGCAACAUCAUAUUACAACAAGUAUUCCUGGCAUGUUCACGAACCGAUUGGGACUUUGCCAGACAAAAUCUAAAGGAACUCCGACAAAUCGCACAAGAGACCGGUGACAACCUCUCAGACGACGUCCAAUGCCUGAUGGAAUACACCGCAGGAACCAUCGCACAAGCAACCGGAGAUCUCAAAACCGCCCUAACAAUCUUCCAAUCCCCACUCCUCUCACUCUCCCCCAACGCCAGCAAAAUAACACGCAACGACCCCCGCCGCGACAUCGCCAUCCUCGCAACCAUCAACACCGCCCUCAUCCUCCGUGACCCAUCCCACCCCUCCCACUCGCUCCUCCCAACAGUCCUCUCCACCAUCGAAUCCUUCGCCAAAUCAAGUCCCAACAAAUACAUACAAGCAGCCUACUACCUCAUCAACGCAACCAUGCAAACCGAAUCCACAAUCCAAACAAAACAAUUCCUCCAACAAGCCCUCCAAUCCGCUACCGCAAUCAGCAACUCCCAAAUCACCUGCAUGACGCUCACCUUCAUGAGCUGGAAGUAUUUCCGCGGCGUGGUGGGCGAACAAGCGGAGAAGAGUGCACGAGCAGGCCGGGCAAUGGCGAAGAAAGCGAAUGAUCGCCUUUGGGUCAGCGUUACGGACGAAAUGCUCGCGGAGACAUUAGAGAGGCAAGGGAAGGGAGAGGAGGCGGGGGGUGUUAGGGAUGAGGGAAUGAGGGUUUCAACGGGGUUGCCAGGGGAUUUGAGGAGGGGUGUUUGA